AUGCCUGUGGAACAAAAAAGAUCCGCAAUACCACAACAUAAACAAAAUCAAGCUGCGUAUAAUGUUUUGGUUGAAAAAUUCAAAGAGCAAGAUAACAAUGCAACUAUAAAAAUAGUAAAAGCGAAAAUAAACAAUUUACGAUCAGGGAAUAAUAAAGAACGAAAAAAGGUUAAGGGGGCUACUAAAAGCGGAGCCGGAAGUGGUAACAUAUAUGAACCAUCUUUGUGGUACUACGACUUGUUUAUGUUCCUUAACGAUACACAAGAUGAGGAUUCAUCGUCUGGUUGUGAUGGUUAUGCACAUGAUGACGGAGAGGACAAUCCCAUAGAAGAAACAACAAAUCACUCACUUAAUGAGGAAACUGUUCGUCAGUCUAAAGAAUCACGCCCUAUUACUAAAAAUAGUUUACAAUCAGUUCGUGGGUCGGGACCGACGAAUACGAAACCCUCAGAUACACAAGUGAAGAGACCAUCCAGCAGCUCCACUAAUGUAACAAAAAUAUGCUUUAACUGGUGGCUGGUCGAUUGA